UUGACCAGGGCAAAUAUCCAUUUCAAAUAAAACUCCACAAACAGUUGACUUUAAUUUUGGUAUAUCUUAAUUGUUCAUACAAACUCCACAAACUCCAUUUUCUUAUAUUAACAAAUCAAAGGAUGGUUCCACAUAAUCCGAGUAAAGCUAUCAUCUUCUACCAUUCACAGCACCAAUUUGAAGUAACCAUUGUUUUGAUUUUGAGGAAAAUAUCAACGCCAUGGAAGAUGGAAAUUGUGACUUUGAAGAGAAGGAAGUGGUGGAGGAUUCUGAUGACGAACACCAAGUGUUCGAUGAAAUGCCUGUUAGAGCUCGACAGUUUUAUUUUGUCAAACUUUUGCCACUUGAGAACCCAAAUACAGAUGCCAUGAUCAAGAAGGCUGAAGAGACGAUUGAAAAGACGAAUCGAGAUCAAGUUCUGAUAACCCAGAAGAUAAGGAGAAGAGUGAUGGAUAGCGAUGAUGUGAGCUCGAAAUUGUGCAGAUUAAAGUACUAUGAAUAUGAUAACGGUGAACUCAACCUGGAAUGGCACAGAGAGAGAUGGGAUAUCCUGCAUCUAUCACUAGACAAACUGACUUUUGCAAACAAUGCAUAUAAAGAGAAAUCGACAAACUCGUGCUUGUCGGGAGGGGAACUUGAUAAGCAAAGACUGUCUUUCUUGAUGGAACAUGGCCGUAAAAAUAUGGCUGAUGAGAGAAAACUAUUAAGGAAGAUAAGCGCAAGCCAAGGGAAGGAUGGUGGCACAACAGUAGAAGAACUCCAUGCUCCUAUUCAGCAACUGCGAGAGCAAAUGUGCUUCAAUUAUUGGCAGUACGAGAAAACCUCCAACGACUACAUUGCUCGUGAAAAAGCAAUUCUCAAAGACAUAAAACAACAUAAAAUUGCUAGGGAGAUUGCUAUUGCUAAUGCUGUUGUGAAUGGAAAAUUGUGGAACUCCUUGGGCUCACAAGAAGCCAUACAAGCAGAGCUUCAGGAACUCGACUACAAUUCAGAUGAGCUGAGGGAAGAUCAGAUAAGAGUAAAUGCCAAAAUUAAGAAGGUAAAGAAAGAACUAAAGAAGGUAGAAAAGGAUAUAAGUUCUCUACAAAAAUGCUUGAAUGAUACAAAUCGCAAAAACGCCGCGGCAUACAACACCAUUCUUAAGCUGAAGAAGCAGUAUGGAGAGGAGAAUGCUUGCUAUUACCAACACCAUUCCUUCAUGGAGAAAGUCGAAGUUCUUGCUAAGAAGAAAGACAUUGCAGCAGUUCAAGAAUUAGCUCAAGAACAGGUGGAAAAUUUUAUGCAGAAAUGGAAAAAUUGUCAAGAUUUCAGAAAUGAUUACAAAAAGAGAGUCAUCUCAUCUCUAAACAGUCGACACCUCGACAUCGACGGGAGGAUGAUCACCAAUCAGAAGCCACGGGACGACGACACUCGAAAAGUUAUUAAACUGGAGGCGCUUUCGAAAACUAGAUUGAAAUGGUCGAUGAAAGAUGCUGAAGAUCCCUUUGAACUUGUGUCUUGAUGAAACUAAUACAAUAAAUGUUUGUUCUCUCUGCAAAA